AUGAGGCAGGAUAACAAGCCAGAGAAAUGUUCAGUGUGUUAUAACGAUUAUGAUGACAAUCAACUACGGCCUCGCACACUGCCGUGCGGCCACACAUUCUGCUCCCAGUGUAUUGACAAUGCUAUCAAGAAUGGUCAGCUGACCUGCCCCAGCUGCCAUGCCCAGCACACUGCCAUAUCCGCUACUCAGUUCCCAAUUAGCUAUGCUGUGGAGGCUUUUGUUAGGAAACUCAAAAAUAUCCAGCAAACACAAGAGAAAACUGUACCCGCAAAAAAGAAGUUACGUUCCAUGUUGCAGGAGCAGAAGAGCAGCAUUAGUAGCCUCAUUACUAGCUGUGAAGAGGUACUGUCCCAGCUGGAGGAGUACCGGGGGCAGCUGGGGGACUGGAAGACUCACCACCUCCAGCUCCAGGACAGACUCUAUGCUCUGGUAGAGCAGAACAAGUCAGCAAUGAAGCUCUUGGAACUGGAGGAUACCAGUGUGGUGGAUAUGACAACACAAGGAGAGGAAGGGAAGACUCAGCUGCAGGCCAUGUUGGGGAGCCUCGACACAGUCAACACCCCACAGGAGGUUGACACAACCAUAGACACAGCUGAUGAGUGCAGCACGAAAAUAAAAGAUUGGCUGGAGAAGUGCCAGGAACUCUUCCCAGAUGUCAAGACUGUCCACACCUCAGUGAAGGUGCAGGAGACCAUCAGGGACGUCCUGGAGAUGAUGACCACAGAGACAGGUGCCACAGCUGACCCCGUACACCUGGGAGACUCAGCCUCCAGCAUCAUGCAUAAAGUUCAGCAAAUCAUUAGAGAGAUCCACCAGAAGCAAUUAACAGUUGAGGACCUCCACAGGAUGAGGGAGCCCGUCAAGAGUCUGGUGGAAGCUGGCUGGGUGUUGGCCGUCAAGAGGCUGAUGGAGGCUGGCCGGGUGUUGGCCGUCAAGAGGCUGGUGGAGGCUGGCCGGGUGAUGGCCGUCCAGGAAGACCAAGAUGGCUGCCGCUCCGCCAGGAUAACUCUACAAGACGGACAGCUGUACCUCCACCCACUCCUGCGUCAGCCCAUGCCCGCCCACGCCUACACCCUCCAGGACCCCUCCUGCACCCUGGCGUUCCUUGACCUCGGGUGGGCAGGGUCAACAAGAGGGCGGGUCACCAUCCGGCUGACCCCUGACACUCCUCUGGCCAGACAGUUUGUGUUGUUGUGUACGGGCCAACGGGGCCACACCUAUCACAACACUAAACUGUUGCAGGUGGGGAACAAAGGUCAGCCGGAGGAGUGGGUGGCCGGCGGAGACUACAAGAGUAAUGAUGGUGAGGAAGAAACCCCACUGCUGCCUAACUUCCAGGGGCAGUACCGGGAGUCACUCCGGGCAGGCGCUGUGUUUGCCUGGUAUGGGCCAGGGGGUCCCAGGAGUGCACAGUUCACCAUCACCACCAGGGACCGCCAGGGUGGUUACCAGUGGUCACGUGUCUUCGGUGAUGUAGUGAGCGGCCUGGAUGUGGUGAGGGCAGCAGUCAACCACAGUGACAUUACGGAGGUGACUGUGGUGGACUGUGGUGUUGUG